CGCAAGCGACGAUCGUGCGAACUGACAGUCUGUCCGCGACAGCGCCAUCGACGCCCGCGCCUCGCCGGAAACCUCCGAACAUGUUUGCUACGACGCGCGAUAAACAUCCCCCAUUGUAAACAUACCAACCGUGUUUACAAAUAAACAUUAUGUUGAUGUGAUCAUACUAUCCCAUUGUCAACGUCAAUUGCCUUCAGAGGUACGCGCGGUCCACUCGUGGACACUGACGGUGGAAAUUAACGAUAAGAUAAACAGAGUGCGGCAUUUUAUCGCGGACUACACGGAGUGCAGUGCAAAAAUUGCGUCCUUCCUUUCUACUCGAGUGCUAUUGCAUUAAUAAAUUCUUUAGGCAAGUGUUUUAAAAAGUUAUAUGAGUGAAUAUCUGACGAUUUAAUUUAGCAAUGGGUCAUAAAUCCGAACUAACAUCAGAUAAUAGUGACGAGGAGAGUGGUGAGGCCUUCACUGACGGCGAUUUCGAUGAUUCUGGAGAAGAAUCUUUUAUCGAAAGAUCUAAUGUUAUCAAAGCUAGUCAAUUACCGGUUAAUGAGACUGUAAAUCCCAGCAUCGAUAAAUCAGAUACCGGCGAAGUUAAUGAUCCAAAUAAUGAGAAAGAACCUGUGACGAAUGGUAAUGAGAGCAUCGAUGGAAAUGAUAACUUAGAAAACGGCCACUGCGCUCCAAUAGACGACUUAGACAAUUAUAUGGAGCAAGGCGUGACGGAUGCCCGCAAAGAUUCUCAGAGCGAAAUCAAUCCGUCGAUAGUCGGGAUUCUCGGAGACCAGCACAACCAUGCGGAGCAGCGACUGGCGGCGCGGCGCGCGGCGCGGGCGGAGGCGCGUGAAAUCCGCAUGCGGGAGCUGGAGCGGCAGCAGCGCGAGCAGGAGGACCAUGCCGAUAAGGCAUUCGACAUGUACUCAGAGACAGUUGGGCGUCGUGGUGGAAGGCUUGCGGCGCUCAGCCCCGCCGUGCACUCGCCGCGGCGAAGUUCCGAAGAUUCCGCGGACGACGUCUUCAGCAUCAAAGACCUCAGGCACGAGCUAAAGGAGGUAGAGGAGAAGUUCCGCAAGGCGAUGAUUCUGAAUGCGCAGCUGGACAAUGACAAGGCGGCGCUCGGCUACCAGCUCGAACUGCUUAAGGACCGCAUCGAGGAGCUUACUGAGGAGCACGCGCAGCUGCAGCGUGAACAUAAAGAAAAAUGCUCAGCGCACGAGAGACUAAAACGCGAGCAUGCGACUCUGGAGCGCGAGGUGAAUGCGGCGCGGGACGCGGUGCGCGCGCGGGACUCCGCCGCCGCAGUCGCGGGCUUCGCCUUCGUGGAGGCCGAGCUCAACGGCACCGCGGAACAAACGGAGGUCAACGGGGCGGAGCCCGAGCUGGUGGCGCAGGGCUUCGGCAGCGUACCCCCGCUCGCGCUAGUCUCACAUCACUCGGAACAGCUGCUCAAUGACGCUGGAGAAGGCACACUGGACGUGCGGUUGCAGCGGCUGGUGAGCUCUAAGCAGGCGCUGGAGUCGGAGGUGCGCAAGCUGAAGCUGUGCCUCAACGAGGAGCGCGCCGCCAGGCAGAACGGCGUCGCCGCGCACCACGACAGGGAGCACGACAGCGAGCUGGAAUCGCUGCGCAAGUCGGUGUCGGAGGCGAAGGGGCGGGCGGCGCGCGCGGAGGCGGAGGCGGCGCUGCAGGCGGCGGCGGUGGCACGGCUAGAGGCGCAGGUGGCCCGUCUCCGCGCGCGGCAGGACCACCAGGACGAGCACGAGGAGCAGCUCAAGCAGGAGCGACGCCGGCUGCAGCGGGAGGCUAGAGAAGCUUUGAACAGAGUUGAGGAGUUGGAGACGGAGAACAGUCACCUGACGAAGCGACUUGAUAAACUCAAGAACGCGAAGUCAGCGCUACUCAAGGAGCUGUGACACUAGUGACGUCACGCAAUGUUGCCAUUUAAAUAGCUCACUGAACGGAUUCAAACACGGAUUAUCUGUGGACGCAGAUUUUCGAUUUAUUUAAUAUACAUAAAGCUAUUGUAUGUAAAUAUGAGAAUUUCUUGUAAAUGAUUGAUGAUUGUUUUCUUUUUUAUUUGGAAUUAACAAUUUUGUUACGGAAACAUCUAGAGUCAAACUAACAAAGAUUCGCUAAUGUGAUUAAUUAGUGGAAUUAUAUAGUCUGUGACAAAUGUCGUGUCAACAUAUUUUCGCCGUAAUUUAUCCAUUUUCAUGUACUAAAAAUGAUUUUGUACUAUUAAGAAUAGCACAUAUAAAUAAUUGACGUUUCACGAGCUGUAAUAAGCUGUACUUCCUUCCAUGUUGUGGGAAUGACAGCUGUCACUGUGACAGAUGUCAAAAUGCGGGUAACAAAUUAAUAAUAGCCUGAAAUGACAUCUAUUGUAAUACAGAAUUGCUAUUUAUAAUUUGUGCAUUUAAGUCAAUAAUAUCACAUUUUAAUGCAUUUAUAAAAAAAAUGGCAACCCAGUGCUGAAAAUAUGUUGAGGCAACAUUAACUUGGUCUUAAACUUAAUUAUUUUUAUUGUAAAUUACGUUUAUUAAUAAUUGUGUAAUAUAAUGUGUAUAAUUUAAUAAUGUUUUAUUAAUUAACCGAUUAUUUAUUUCUUACGGAUAUAAAUAUGUUCGUAUUAUGUAUAUUUUAUUUAGCGCUGCGCUCGCUUGCCUUUUCGCCUUUGACUAAUGUUUUUUUUUACCGAUUAUUUUUAACUUGCCAGUCUCACUAAUUGAUUUUUUAAUAUGAGCAAAAAGGCUGCAUAUAAACAUCACUUAGUAAAAUAAAAGUUUUUUUUGAUGAUUUGUAUAUCUAUGGACACAUUUUUUAAAAACAAUUCGAUAUUCGAGCAAGUUAACCUUUAUUGUAAUUAUAUUGCUCAAAAUUUGUAAUGUGAUCAUUGCUAGGCUAUAGACGUCCAUUUAGCGAUCUCUAAGAUAAGGCCUCCAUGCAUGAUUUACGAAAAAUUUCCUUUUUUAAAACCUUAUUUUAAUUGGCCAAUGUUUUAUUAAUUUUUUGGCUUUUUUUUUCGUUAAAAAGACUCCUUGUGAAUUUCAUUUUCUUUACUGGAAAGUUACCACACAGCCUGUUAAUGAAUUAUGUUUUUUAUAUAAAUGUUAGUGCGAGUUAGAUUUGGCAUUUCAGUAUUUGAAAUUGAUAGUGUGAAUGGAUUUAGUUUGUCUUUAUGUCACUACAAAGGGCGAGAUAAGCCCAUGUUAAAAUAUAGUUAUCUCAAGUUACUGAAUAUGUAAACAAAUAUGGAAAAAAUAAGUUUUUUAAAGGUAUUUGUUUAUUUAUUAAUUAGUUUGAAAUUUCAAGGAAAGUUUUAUUAACUAAAGUAAAUAGCGAAUCUAGGUCGUUGCGUUUAUUUUUAGUUUUUAAAAUUUUGUGAUCCCCAAUAUUAGUCAAGCUCAGUAAUUGUGUCGUGCCAUCGCGCCAAAUGUAUUAGGAUACAAUAGGUAGGGAUGAUCGAUGUUGCGUUAUCGAUAAAAUAAUAAGAAAAUAUCGAUUAAACAUCCACAGGACACGCCGCAACUCGCACUGCAGUCGACCUUGAGCCGACAAAAGUCAAGUAAAGUAAAAAUGUGUGUGUUAAUUGUAUUUUGGAUAAAACAAAUUUUUAUUUUAAUCCUCGUGAAUGAAAUUCGACAAUUUAAUUUAAUUUAAUCGAUAUGUUUUAUCGAUAUAAGCAACAUCGAUGUUUUUCGGUGAUUAGUCCCUGAAUUAGAUCGAUGUAGGUAGAUGUCGACGGGUAUUUAGUGCUUGCUAGAUAUUUUAUACGGUUGAGACAUAGCACGUGAGAACUACAAUCAAUUCAAAGCAUGCCAUAACUUAUAGAAAAAAUAUACAAUGUUACAUAAUUAUUUAAAAUAAACUAACAUCACAUUUAACAUCACAAUUAAUAAAGUUUUGUUAUGACGAUUUUGUGAUUACUGUCAAUGUCAGAACUUGUGUAACUAUACUGCUGUUUUACUUCUAUUAAAAUUGUCUGUUUUUCCAAAGACAAUGAAUGGGAUAGUUGUUUGUACAAAUCGACAAUCGAGACCCAAGAAGGGCACAAUUUUAUUAGUCGAUAUAUCGUUAACCAGCAUGCCAAGUUCCCGCAUACGGCUAAUGAAAUAAAUGAUGAAGUAAGCUAUCGCCCAAUGCAAACAAGCCUAACAUUUUAAAAACGGUUCUUGCGGGCGCUAUGGCAUGCGUGAACUGGAAAUUUCUAGCAUCACGAAUGCGAGCGUAAUCGACUAAUUGAAUUGCUCCUUUACGUAUCACAAUUUUGUUAAGCGCUAUUUUCUGUCAUUGGUUCACCGUGUAUGAAGUUUAAUACGCUGAAGGUUCUAGAGAUCGGUCUAUGUGUGCGUAAAGGAUGGCAUUUUGUAAGUAUGUUGUAUGUAUUUUGGUGCUGCAUUACUAAUUUAUAUUGUUUUAUUACUAAGUAUGACCGUCUUAUAAGAAGCGAAACAGACUUAAUAAUGUAUAAAUUUGGAUACUUGAAUAAAUUUCGCUCGCAA